CCGCGUGUCCCAACCCCCCUGCGUGGGGCCCGGAGGCAGGGCCAGGCCCGGGGAGGAGCCGCCCCUUCCUGCCCCCCCCGGCCCGGCCCCCGCCCCUUUGUGCCGGCAGCGGGGCCAUGGCCGGGGCCGGGAGCGCGGCGCGGGGGCUGCUCCAGCCCUGCAGCCCGCGGGGCAGCGCGGCCCCCCCAGCAGAGCGUCCGGCCCCCCUGCGAGCCCAGGGAGAAGCCGCCGAAGCCGAGAGGCAGCGGCGAAGCGAGGAGCUGCUGGAGGUCCCGCAGUGGGGAGGAAAUCCCGCACCCUCCGGGAGGUGCCUUUCCGGGUCUCCCCGGUGCCCACCCGCCCUCGCCCUGUGGCUGCAGGAGCAGGUGGCAGCCGAGAGGCGGAAGAUCGGCUGGGAGUGGCGGGAGCUGCGAGGGUUUCUGGAGGAGCAGGAGCAGCGGCUGCUGGCCCGGCUGAAGGAGCUGGAGAGAGCCAUUGUCCGGAGAAGGGAUGAGGGCGGCUGCAGCCUGUCCUGGGAGAUUUCCCUGCUCAGCGAGAGGGGAGGAGAGAAGGGGCAGCAGCCGCUGAGCCAACCCCUGCAGGGUGCCGGGAGCUGUGGGGGCAGCAGGGAGGACGGGACAUUUCGGAAGCCAGAGCCGUCGUUUGCGGAGCUGGAGAAUAGACUUAGCGAUUUCUCUCUGAAAAGUGCCAUGCUGCAGGAGGUGCUGCUGGGAUUCAAAGAGACACUGCGACGGGAGCUGGGGAGCGACACAGGCUGCAGAAUAACAUCCCCGGGUCCCUCCAGAUUCUCCCAGCCUGCCCAGGGAAGGGAAGUGGAUGCAGCAGACCUGGCUCAGGGAUCGGUGACCUUCGAGGAGGUGGCUGUGUAUUUCACCAAGGAAGAGUGGGCUCUGCUGGACCCCACUCAGAGAGCCCUCUACAGAGACGUCAUGCAGGAGAACUAUGAGACUGUGACCUCGCUGGAGUUUCCAGUUUUCCCACCUGAUGAUCUCUCUCAGCCUGAACAAGACCAAGACCCAGAUCUCCAUGAUUCAGAGGAAAGCGAGAUCCUGAGCGGUACCUGCACAAGGGAGGAAUCAUUCAGCCAAUUCGAAAUCUGUCCGUGGCUGAAGGAAACAGCUGGGAUUCCCGACAGAGAUCUUGUGAGUUCUCCGAGUUCAGGAUUGUCCCCAGCAGGUGAUGGGAUGGUGAGUGAGAAUGAGGAGCAGACCCCUCAGCAGGAAGACGCUGAGCCCGUGGAAGCAUAUGGGGCGUUAUCGCAAAGCUCUGAAGGGAUUGUGUCCAUGAGUUGUGAGCAGGGAAAAGGUUGUGAGGCUCAGCACAGGCCAGAAAGGGAGCAGGGAACUGAGCCGAGGGAGAAAGAGGGUAAUUGUCAGGGAAACCACAAGGAAACCACAACCCAGCAGAGCAACCUCAUAAGCGAGAGAGGCCACACGCGCCCUGAGCGGGGAGAAAACGUCAGUAGCCCUUCGGCUGUUUUUCGACACGAGAGAAUCCGCGCCGGAGAGCCACCCCACCAGUGCGGCGAGUGCGGGAAGACCUUCCGUCGGAACUCGCACCUUGUUCGCCACCAGAGCGUGCACACGGGAAACCGACCCUUCCGAUGCUCGGAGUGUGGGAAAAGCUUCAGUGUGAGCUCCAACCUGAUGGCCCAUGAGACCAUCCACACGGGCAGUCGCCCCUUUUCCUGCUCCGAGUGCGGGAAGAGUUUCAACCGACGUGCCAACCUGAUCACGCACUGGAGAAUUCACGUGGGAAAGAAGCCCUUCACGUGCUCGGAGUGCGGGAAAAGCUUCACCGACAGCUCGAACCUCAUCCGGCACCAGCGAACCCACACGGGGGAGCGACCCUACGAGUGCUGCGAGUGCGGGAAAAGCUUCCCGGACAGUUCCGACCUUAUCCGGCACCAGCGAACCCACACAGGGGAGCGACCCUACGCGUGCUGCGAGUGUGGGAAAAGCUUCAGUCGGAGCUCCACCCUCAUUCGGCAUCAGAGGAUCCACACGGGAGAGACGCCCUAUAAGUGCCGCGAAUGCGGGAAAAGCUUCAGCGUGAGUUCCAACCUUAUCACGCAUUGGCGAAUUCACACGGGGCAUCGGCCCUUCACCUGCUGCGACUGCGGGAAGAGUUUCACGGAUAGCUCCAACCUCACUCAGCAUCAGAGAAUACACAGGGGGGAGAACCCCUAUAGCUGCCCCGAGUGCGGGAAAAGCUUCACUCAGAGCUCGGCUCUUCUCGCACAUCAGCGGAUCCACACGGGAGAGCGACCCUACGAAUGCUGCGAGUGCGGGAAAACCUUCAGCGUGAGCUCAGCCCUCGUCGCGCAUCAGAGACUCCACACGGGGGAGAGACCCUAUAAAUGCUCUGAGUGCGGGAAAAGCUUCAGCGUGAGCUCAACCCUCAUCAUACAUCAGCGAAUCCACACGGGGGAAAGGCCGUAUCGAUGCUUGGAGUGUGGGAAAAGCUUCAAUCAGAGCUCCCACCUGCGCUUAAAACUUAUUACGCACCAGAGAAUCCACACAGGGGAGAGACCCUAUGAAUGCCGCAAGUGUGCGAAACGCUUCACUCGACGAUCAAACCUUUUUACGCAUCAGAAAAUCCACACGGGAGACAGACCCUAUGAAUGCGGUGAGUGUGGGACGAGCUUCGCUGACAGCUCGGCCCUUCUGAAACAUCAAAGAAUCCACGUGGGAGAGAGACCCUAUGAAUGCUGCGAGUGCGGGAAAAGCUUCGCUCAGCAAGCAAGCCUCAUUACACAUCAGCGAAUCCACACGGGGGAGAGACCCUACGUAUGCUGCGAGUGCGGGAAAAGUUUCACGCGGAGUUCAAACCUUAUCACUCAUCGGAGAAUCCACACAGGGGAGAGGCCCUACGAAUGUUGUGAGUGCAGGAAAAGCUUCACGGAUAGCUCAGCCCUUCUCAAACACCAAAGAAUCCACACGGGAGAGAGACCCUACGUAUGCGGCGAGUGCGGGAAAAGCUUCACUCGCGGCUCAAACCUCAUUACACAUCAGAGAAUCCACACUGGCGAGCGACCCUAUGAAUGUUGCGAAUGUGGGACAAACUUUAUUGACAGCUCAGCCCUUCUUAAACAUCAGAGAACCCACACGGGAGAGAGACCCUAUGAAUGCAGAGAGUGCGGGAAAAGCUUCACUCAGAGCUCAAAACUGGUCACACAUCGGAGAACCCACACAGGGGAGAGACCCUAUGAAUGCGCUGAGUGCGGGAAAACCUUUAUUCAGAGUUCAGACCUUAUUAGACAUGAGAGAACCCACACGGGGGAGAGACCUUAUGAAUGCGGCGAGUGCGGGAAAAGCUUCACUCAGAUAUCAAGCCUCAUUACGCACCAGAGGCUCCAUAUGGGGGAGAGACCCUAUGAAUGCAGUGAGUGCGGGAAAAGCUUCGCCCAGAGUUCAUACCUUAUCAGACACCAAAGAACCCACAAAGGAGGGCCUUUGGGAACGCUGUGAGUGUGGAAACAGCAGUACUCAGAGAUCAUAAGAAAUUUUUUUAUCAUAAGAAAAUCCACACCGGAGAGAGCUCCUCCCGGCGCUGUGAUUGUGGGAAAAGAUCCACUCAGACCUUACUCUGCAUCAGAGGAUCCACAAAGGGGUGAGAACCUGCGAAUGUUGUAAGUGUGAGGAAAAUCUUCACUGACCACUCCCCUCAUUCCGCCUCAGAGAAUCCACCUGUGAGAGAGACCCCAGGAAAGUGAUGAGUGCGGGAAAAGCUUCACCCAGAACUCGGACACCUCAUCGUGUCAUCAGCGAAACUGUAAAAGGGAACAACACCCUGAAACCGUUGUCUAGAACUGUCAACUUUUUUUUUUAAAGUCUUUUGCUAAUUCCGACGUGGCGACCUUAUCCUAUGAUCUGGGAAAUGCUGCCCUUUAUGUUGCAAAUGAGGUUUUUUGGUUGAAUUUACCCUCUCUAGGUGAGGCAAAUGUGUAUAAAAUGAGAUCAGUGUUGAAAAUGAAACAGUAGCCCAGGGGUAGGCAACCUAUGGCACGCGAGCUGAUUUUCAGUGGCACUCACACUGCCCAGGUCCUGGCCACUGGUCCGGGGGGCUCUGCAUUUUAAUUUAAUUUUAAAUGAAGCUUCUUAAACAUUUUAAAAACCUUAUUUACUUUACAUACAACAAUAGUUUAGUUCUAUAUUAUAGACUUGUAGAAAGAGACCUUCUAAAAACGUUUAGAUGUAUGACCGGCACGCGAAACCUUAAAUCAGAGUGAAUAAAUGAAGACUCAGCACCCCACUUCUGAAAGGUUGCUGACCCCUGCAGUAGCCGGAAAAAUAGCUAUUUUUUAACAGAAACUCCAGCUCUGGUAACUUCCAGAGAUCCCGAUCCAGGCCUGUAUAUAGUCCCUAGCCUAGAUCUGUGCUACCAAAUGAAAGAAACACGGGGCGUGUGUAGGAAACUGAUUCCUCACUAACGCGGCUGAGAUUUUGAGUGGUUCGGUAAAGGGUUCUACUUCAGAGAAGUGUAAAUUUCCCCUAACCAAGGCCAAGGAUUUGGAAAGAACUUGUCUACACGUAAAAGUGCUGCCCUGGUGGAGCUGCACCGUUUAUUCCUGGGGGAAUUCUGCGCCACUACGGAUGCACAGAAUUCAUCGGUCUUGCCUAAUUUUGUAUUUUCCUGCAUAAAAAUCAUUUUGCCUAAGAUAUGCUGCAGUUCUGCCUUUUUCCUCACCACAGGCAGCCGGGAAAACACACAAUUCUAAGCCCAGUCCCGUGGGGAUGGGGGGGGUGCGGGGACAGGGACAUACAUGCCUGACAAUGGGAGAGGCUUGGGGUCUGCAUGGGGGAGGCUUCCCAACACCCUAACAAUCCCCCACCCCAAGAAAAAUCUUCUCACCCACACCCAACAACCUCCAGGUUCACUCCUCGGGUCCUUCCCUCUCCCUCUGCUCCUCUGUUACCCCGACCCCCCCCCGACCUUUUCACGGCUUCUGACAGGUGCAGGAAAUACCGUUCUGUGUUGUCACGUAAAUGAAUUGCACAACGUUCUGCAUUAAUAUGCCUAGUGAGGAAUCGAUUUGCGGGGGGAGGGGGGUGUGAAAUGACCAGAAUUAUUUUUUGUUGUUGUUUUGGUCUGUAUUGUUAGACACGUACUUGUUGACAGGUAUCUUGAAAUAAAUUCCCCAAAUAAUUGUAACGGGCACAAUUAUACUGUGCAAUUUUGACAAAUAAACUAUGCAGAAUUUUCAAA